ACCAAUCCGAGAGCAGGUCUAGUGUGUAUUGCAGAGUUGCAGUAAGGCAGACAAUUGUCGUUCAGUUGGUGAAAAUUCCUUGUGUGAGAAUUAGUUGUGUCAAGAUUUGUGUAACAGCUCUGUCAUGGCACCGACAGAGAGGGGAAGUAUGGCCACGCAGCUUGCUUUGGGCUCCAGCCGGGCUGUCUGCUCCCAGACGGGACCCAGCAGAUGGCAGUGGCCGCCAUGGUGGCCAAUUUCUCCAAGCCGACCGUGGAUACACCGCCUCUGCUCAGACCUACUUCCACGAGUUCGGCCACGUCAUGCACCAGCUCUGCGCAGAGAUCUCUUCAACUUGCGUCAGAUCGUGUUGGCGAAGGUGGACCAUGCUCUGCACACCAAGCCUGACUCUGACCCAGCCAAGGAGUACGCCCGGCUCUGCAAAGAAAUCCUGGGGGUGCCGGCUUCGCCAGGAACGCGCAUGCCGGCCACGUUUGGUCACCUGGCCGGGGGGGUGGGGCUAGACUACAGGAACUGCAUCCUGAAGCCGGCAUGAUCUCUGGACACAGAGGUCAUGGUGAAGAACUUCCUGG